UUAAUUUCGCAAACAAUUAUUGACUGGUUACUUGAGAAGCUACACUGAGAAAGAAUAUAAUGCACUGUCUUCUCCUUCCAAAAGUGGAACUUUACCCAUGCUUCCCUGCAGGCUGCAGCUAGCCGAGACGUUGCUCCGUCAGAAACCUCACCAUCUCCACCAUAGCAACUUUCCAUUCUCAACACCUCCCAUUAAGCCUCUCAAACCAGAUUGGAGAGCACAAGUCAAACAUGCCCAAUUGGUCAACCAAAUCGCCGCCAUUGUCACGCAGAGGAACAGAACCCACUGGGCGUCACUUCUCAAGCCCUUCAACCUCAACUCUUCCAAUUUCACCCCUCAUCUCUUCCUUCAGAUCUUCCGCAAGACCCAAUCUUAUCCCGCUGCUUCUCUCUGCUUCUUCAAUUAUGCCAAUAAAAAUCUAGGGUUUAAUCCAGACCUCAAAAGCCUUUGUAAACUUGCUGGGGUUUUGUACGCUUCCAGACUAUCAACACAAUCAAAACCCAUAUUGGAUUCUCUGGUUCAAGCUUAUCCUGCAACCCUGAUUGUCAGUUCAUUGAUUAAAGGCAUCGACUUUGAUACUCGCUCUUCUCUUUUGAGCUCGUUGCUUGAGUGUUAUUCCAAUAGCCGUUUGCUUACUCAAGCUCUGGAAGUUUAUCAGAAGUCAAAAGGUUGUGGCGGUUUAGUUUCAGUUCAUAGUUGCAAUUCAUUGCUAAGGGGGUUUCUAGAGAAAAACGAAAUCAAAUUGCUAUGGUGCUUCUACUGUGUGAUGAUUCGAGACGGGGUUUCUGGAAAUUUGUUUACUUGGUCUUUGAUUGCUCAAGCUCUAUCUAAAGAUGGCAAAUUUGAAAGGAUCAAUAAAAUUCUGGAUAUGGGUAUAUAUAGCCCCGCAAUGUAUGAUCUUAUUAUCGAGGGUUAUAGUAAAAGAGGGGAUUUUAGAUCUGCUCUUUUAAAUGUAGAUGAAAUGCAUAAUAAAGGAUUUGAUCCCAGCUUUAGUACUUUCAGCUUUAUUCUAGACGGGGCUUGUGAAUAUCAUGACGUUCAAGUGAUUAAUGAUGUCAUUACUUCUAUGGUGGGUAAGGGAUAUCUUCCAAAUCUUUUACCUAAUGAAUAUGAUUCAGUAAUCCAGAAGUUUUGUCAUUUGGAGAAGACAUUUGCUGCAGAACUUUUUUACCGGAGAGCCAAAAAUGAAAUGGUUGACCUUAAAGGAACAACUUAUUGCUCGAUGCUAAGAUCAUUGUCAAAUGCAAGACGAGUAAAGGAUGCUAUUGAGUUUUAUAAUUAUAUGGUGGCGAAGAAUUUUGAUAUUAUUGAUAAUGAUAAAUAUCUUUUCCCGUUUCUGAGUGUGUUAUGUGAAGAGAAACCUUCAGAGGAUGUUAAUAGACUGUUGAAAGGCUUGAUAGAAAAGGGAUUAACACUGCCAUUAACUCCUUGUUUGGAUAAAAUCUCUAAGUAUAUAAAUUCUCAAUGUGAGAACCGUUGGUGGAAAGAAGCCGAGGAGCUUUUAAAUGUAACUCUAGAUAAAGGUAUUUUGCCAAAAUCUUUCUGUUUUACCUUGUUGGUGAAGCAUUAUUGUUUUAGUAGGCGGAUUCAUUCUGCUAUUUCUUUGCAUGCCAAGGUUGAGGGACUUGGUGGUAAUUUUGAUGUGUCCACAUACGUUAUACUGCUUAAUGGCCUGUUUAGAGAAAAAGGAAUUGAUGAAGCGAUCAGGAUAUUUGAUUACAUGAGAGCGCAUAAUGUGCUAAGCAGUGAGAGUUUUUCAAUCAUCAUUAGAGGCCUUUGUCUUGAAAAGAAUUUCAGAAAAGCCAUGAGCUUGCAUGAUGAAAUGUUGAAGAUGGGGCUCAAACCUGAUAGAAAGAAAUAUAAGCAGUUGAUCUCUGGAUUCAAGUGACUUGCUUAGUAUCUGAAGACAUGACUUGGAAAGGAAGAGGAACAACUUGAACUUAGUGCUUAUUGCAACACUCUCCUACGAUCAGAAGGCUGCUAUUUUGGGCUUAUUUCUUUUGAGUCUCUUUCAUGGAUGCCAUGAUGAAGGGGACUUUCAAAGCGGGAUUCAAAUACAUUUCAAAUAUUUUUGUGAUGAAGGAGGAAGAUAUUGAGAUCGGUUACCCAACGGAUGUUAAGCAUGUAGCACACAUCGGGUGGGAUGGCCAAUCUGCAGGCAGUGCACCUACUUGGAUGAAAGAGUUCAAGGCCGGACCGGACUUUACUUCAUCCUCAAUCAGUAACAGUGGUCGUAAACCAUCGUCACCAGAAUUUUGCAAAGAUGAUUCAACAGCUACAAGAGAGAUCAGUGGGGCCACCCAAACGAGGAAACAGAAACGAAAGAAGUCUAGAGCGGUGUCUUCUGGGUCCAGUUUCUCCUCCAUGUCACGGGUCCCACCCAAGUCUAAGGCUAAGCUAGCGGAAGAAGACGGUAGUCCCAAUCCUGGGGACAUACAUGUCAUCUGAGCAUAAGGUGUGUACUAGAUGAGGGAUUUUUUUUUCUUGAAAGUUGCUUUUGAUUUAGUAUUUUUCUCACCUUAUGAGGCUACAAUACAAGCCUACAAUUUAAUGUAAACCAUCAUUUUAUAACUUCAGGUAAAUUGUACAGUGAUAUUUUCACUUUUAAUAAUCACAAUGUCCUAUACGUAAUUGAGUAUUUGGUUA